GAACGCGAAUCACGUGAUCUUCAUAUCAGCUUCGAUCGCGAGUCAGAAGAGAAGAGCAGCUGCCCAGAAAAUCAGGAAAAAGCCGUGAAAAUCAUGUCACAGUCAGAAUCACAGUACACAACGGAAGGCACAACCCCUGGCCAGAGACACUGGGUAGAAGAUUUAUUUCCACCUCAUUUCCAGCUCAGUCUCUCAAACCUAACUAGGGAACAACAACAGGCUGAUGAAGGUACGCAGGAAGCAUGGAGGUUAGCCCAGAGAAAGAAGGCAAAGGAUAUCUAUCAUCAAGUCAAGGCUCGAAUGGACUCCGAGGUGCAGAUCCCCAAGGACAAGAACAUUCAGGUUGGUGAGCCAUUGUCUGAGCUGAAGCAGAAUGUAAAGUUGACGGGUAAGGUGAAGAGGUCUGAAUCUUCAAAGAAGAAAGAGAUUAGGGAUCAUGGUGGUGAUGGGGAAAGGACUGAGGACGGUGGUAUCUGGUCUAAAGGUGAGAUUGAAAUCCUCAGGAAAGAAUUCCAAAAAGUCAGAGAGGAGAAGCAGAUCUUGCACAUCGAGUUGAAAGCUUUACAGAGGCAUUACAAAGACCUUGAAAAGAAACACAGAGAACAGACUGAACUCCUCAACACCAAAGCCAAAGCUCUCAAAGAGGCACACCAGCAAAACCAGAGGCUGCAUUUACAAACCCAACAUCUAACCAAAGAGGUGCGACUGCGGAUGAGUAAGCUUGCUAUGGCAGAAGAUGACUAUCGGGAAGUUGUCGAGCAGCGAAUGACAAUGAGAAAAGAUACCAUUGAUCUUCGGAAGGCUCUUUCUCGAACGAAGCACGAUUUGAAGGAGGUGAGGAUUCAGUUAUCAGAGGCAGAUUCCAGACAUCGACUGGAGUCAAUGGAGAAGGAAGAGACAAUGAGAUUAGAGUAUGAAUCACAGAUUGCUGCUCUAUACCAGGAGCUUGGUGAAUGUAGGACAGAGCUAGAGAAGGAACGGAUGGAGCACAAAAGAUCCUCAAAGGCAUUGGAUCUACUUAGAAUUCACUUCGCGCAGCAAUCAGAGAGAACUGAACCUAAGCAUUCCACCACUGGUGAUGCUAAAUCUCUCAAGGUGCUACAGCUUUAUUGAGGAUAAGAUCACAUAUGAUUUGUGAUGCAACUUCUGGGAUGCAGAAUGUUUGAAAAAGAAAUUGGACAAGCAUUAAGAAAGUUAUGGCUGCUUUAACAUCGAGAACCUUAUGACCAUGUAGAUUUCAUUUUGGCAAUUAAGUAAGUAAAUUAUGACAAGGGGCAAGGACAACUUUCCCAUAGGCCAUGUACUUAAUUAUCAGGGAUUUGUGGUUUUCUCCUAAGUACCCAUUCCCCUUGGGCAGUUAUCUACAUAUAACCCAGGAGGAAUAUUGUUAAUGUCCUCAUGAAGGAAAAUAUACAACUUGAAGUAAAACUUUAGAAAAAAAUUACGUUUUACCAAUUUUACGUAUUUGAGUACAUGUACAUGGAAGAGUAGUCCUUGCCUUACAUCACAUAUGCGGCCAAUUUAAAGUCUCCAUGGGUGUACUGAUUACCGGUACUAAGUUUUACAAGUUUUAAAAAUUCAUAACUUUCUUAUUGUGUGUCGGAUAUUGUUCAUGUUCAAACUUCCACCUAUCAGCUUGUCUGAUUUGUCUCUUUCCUCUAAAAACAAGUUUUUAUUUGGGUAGGAUUCCCCUUUAAGAUAACAUCUGUAGUGUGCACCAUGGGUACUGAUAAUCAUACCAACCAGGGGGCUGUUUCAUAAAGCUGAUCGUAAGUUAAGAGCGACUUUAAGGACGACUGGUGAACCUUUUUUGUGGUAAAUGCUAUCGACCAUUAAAUUUUCAUUGGUGAUUAUUUAGAGCAUAAGAAAGGUUCACCAGUCAUUCCUAAAGUUGCUCUUAACUUACAAACAGCAUUGUGAAACACCCAUCCGGAUGCACUUUAAUACUGGGUAGGUGUUAUAGAGAGGACAGUUCAUAACUAUUGCGAGAAAUAUGAGAAUGCAAUUUGAUGGAAUUUUGUUAAAUGAAUGCGUCACAGAUCUAAAUCUGCUUAUAUGUUGAGUUGUGCAAUACAGUCAACCAGUUGGAACCAUUAUUUGCUUCUCCUCUGUUUUAAAUCAUUUACUCAUUUUUAGGUUUCCAGUUCAAAUUUUGUUGAAUUAGAAGUAAAGGUAAAGUCCCUCUCUUACUGUUGUUAAGUAUGAGAGGUUGAAUGGCACCUAAGUCUCUUUUCAGAUUCCAGCUUACAGGUGCAUUGCUACACAAAAUAGAAUAGCUGUAAAUGUUUGCCAGUCUAGAAGCUGUAAUCACUCAACUGCCUUUAUGAAUUUCUUAAUAGAGCCUAGAAAAGACAAAGGCAAUCAACUUAAUAAGUAGCAUUACUAAAACAAGUAGCUAUGACCAGGGUUGCAUUUCAUGCAAGGAACUGUUGGACGGUUUAUUCAGUAAAGUCUGUUUUAUCUAAUCUGGGGAGUGUUUCAUCAACAUUUCUUUCUGACAAGUUGUCAAAACUUACAACUUUCCUUGGUUUUGAUUGGCAGAGGAGCAUUGUUACUAUGGCAACUGUCGGAUGAAAUAGGACUUGUCGGGUGAAACGUCUGACAAGUCCUUUCAUAAAACGGAGUGGCUUUCCUUGGGAGUGUUUCAUCAAUAUUUUAGUCCGACAAGUUGUCAGAUCUGACAAUUUUCUUUGCUUUUGAUUGGCUGAGUAGCACUGUUACUAUGGUAACUGUCGGAUAAAUAGGACUUGUCGGAUAAAACAAAGUUAUGGCAUUUUAAAGUUUCGCUUCAUUUCACAAAACAGUUAUAUGCACAUCUCGGUCGGUAUGCAAAUGAGGAACUGAUGACAUCACUCACUCACUAUUUCUUUUGUAUUUUAUUAUAUGAAAUAUGAAAUAUUUUUAUUUUCUCGUCAUUGUCAUGUGAAAUGAAGUUUCAUUCCUCCCUGAACCGUGGAAUUCCAUUAUUUUAACAUUUUGUGCUUCAGGCAAGGAGGUCAUAAUCGUCAAAUUCGUAAAAAUUGAAAUAUUUUAUAAUUUAAACAAUAAAAACAAAAGAAAUAGUGAGUGAGUGACAUCGACUCUCUCAUUUGGAUGUAACUGGCUCGUUCAUAUAACUAUUUUGUUAAAUAUAAGCGAAACUUUGAAUUGUCAUAACUUUCUUAUUUUACAUCCGAUUUCGAUGAAAUUUUCAGCAUUGUGCUUGUCUGAUUUUUCUCUAUUGAUUCAAGUCAACAUUUUUCUGAAGUGGACUUGACCUAUAAAGUGUUCCAAGUUCUGCAAAGUUUAAGAUAUUUAUUUAUGAAGUCUGGUGAUAAAAUAUUACUGUCAACAAAGUUUGUUUCUCUGGGCUUGCCGAACAUUGUAGUGUUGUUGUCUACAUACAACACUCGGCAUGAAGGAGUGCACUUUGUGGUAGGGUUUACUAACUUUCAAGCGCAACUGUAGUGAUUGAUAGAGAUAGAGAAUGAGAUUGGAAAGGAAUGGAUAGAGUAGUUUUUCAAAACUGUAGUUUGAGAAAUAUGCAUAAGUUGAGAAAAAGGUUGAGAGGUACAUGUAAAGGAGAACAGGGAUCAAACUGAAGGUUAUUGGAGAAAGGUAAAGAUGAAGUAAAGGAGAACAUUAAGAAGGAAAGUGUAAGUGAUGGAUAGGGAAUGAGAUAGGGAAAGAAAUGGAUAAAGAGAGAGAGAGAGAGGAGGAGGAGAUCACACUGACUAAGCAAUAAACACCAAAAGCAUCCAAAAUGGGUGAUAUUGGAUUUCCUCUUGCACAAUGCCACAUGCUGGCAGAGGAGCACUGUUACUAUGGCAACUGUCGGAUAAAAUAGGACUUGUCGGGUGAAACGUCUGACAAGUCCUUUCAUGAAAUGCAUUGGCUUUCCUUGGGAGCGUUUCAUCAAUAUUUUAGUCCGACAAGUUGUCAGAUCUGACAAUUUUCUUUGCUUUUGAUUGGCUGAGUAGCACUGUUACUAUGGUAACUGUCGGAUAAAUAGGACUUGUCGGAUAAAACAUUCAACAAGCCCUUUCGUGAAACGCUCCCCUGAUGUUAAUUAUUCAUCUACUUUAGCAAACUUUCACUGCAGCUAAUUUUAUGUGUCUCUUUAAUUUGAAACCUUAUUUAUUUCUCUUCUGCAUAAUUGUUGAAGUUUCUAAGAGUGAAACAUUUAUAGUAAGUACACAGUAAUGGUAAUAAAAAUGGCAUCAAAUCAGUUACAUUUCAGAGUGUCAGCUUGUCAGGUCAGUUCUCAGUAUAAUCAGUGUGAAAAAAGGGAAAAUAUAUUUAUAUUUUUUUUCAAUCAGAGAGAACCUUAACUUUAUAUCAACUGCCAUGAAUAUAAAAGUAAUUUUAUCAAAACAUCUCAAAUUUUCACACAAGGGUCACUGGUUGUGCAUCAUACAGCUUUAUGAAACAGCUCCCGGGAUAGAUUUUACAAGAGUACAAGAGUUUGAUGGCCACUAAUCUAACAUUUUCCUCUCGUGCAGAAUGGAUUCUAUUUUCCCAUCACUUUGGUAUCUUCAAUUUGAUUGUAUCAUGUUCAUAAAUAUGGGUCAAUUAUCUUAAUUUUGGGAAAUAAGCAAAGUCAAAAUCCAAUAACCAGUAUUAAAUUCUUAUAACUGAUUUCGAGGAGGGGGGGGGGGGUGGAAGAGGUAGUAAAAGAUAGGAAGGUAGUGGUGUACAGAUGGCCUUACCCCCAAAAAUGUUAACAACCAAGAAAAUAAAGAGAUACAAGUAACAAAAGGGGAAGAGAAAAGGGUGAAAUACAUGCAUGGCAUUCUCAGAAUAUCAUGUCAAACUCCUUCACACCUUGCAUUUUUGUAAUAGCAAAAUUUUUGCCGACUCGCAACUUUUUUUAUAAAUUUCAACUGAUACGCCAUAUCUAGCCCCUUCAAAAUUUUUGGCUCAUGCUUCUGAAGGUAGGGAGAGAUAGAGAGAAGGGAUAUGAAUCAAAGGGAGGAAAAUAAACUAAGAGCUAAAUGGUCAUCAUCAAGAAAGGAAGACCCACAAUUAUAGCAAAUUACAGACAUACAGUGGUGCUCAAAGUUUUGUAAAUCCCACCGGAAAAUAAAACAUAUUUAAAGUG